AUGGCCGAACAACAAACACGGCCCGCGUCUCCCACCCCCAUCUUCGGCAGCCCAGUCCUCAAUCUAGUCGAAAGAAUAGAAGAACACGCCUACUACUUCCUCAAAGAACUAGACUUCUGGCUAGACAGAACACAACAUCCUUCAGCCCUCGAAUAUCAAGAUGUCUCGAGUUUACAUCCUGCCUCCCUCGAGCAAGAGAUACAGAAUGCUGCAUAUGUGCUCUCCAUUGAGAUCGAGCUGCAAGAAGAGAUUGCUAGGAUGAGAGCGUCGGCUUAUGCACAGUUGGACAGGAUUGCGAGUGCGGAAAAGCCCGUAAUCGUCCCUGGAAUCACUCCCAAUGGUAUUCCUGGUGCAAGUCUCCGUCCGCUACCUCGACCGCUGCCACCUUCAUCGCCACCACCGUUCACGGAUAUCAGUCCACUGGGCAUACUCGGUUCAAUCAUGUGGCACACCAGGGCAGAACGUCCUAGAUCAUCUGUCGAGUCUUACCGAUCGCUGAACGAGUUAGUCACCGCCAGACUCAACAGGUUCCUUAUCGAAGAAGACGAAUACCCCAAACGAUACAACAUCUGGCAACAACACAACCUCGAAGUCGACACUCUCAAAGAUGCCAUGCUAGACGACACAGUCGCGGCUGAAUGCCAGAGAAAGCUCCCAGCAGCCCUCAAAUUGGAAGCAGAAUCUCGCAGAAAGUUUGUUGAUUCGGCAAGAGCUUGUUUUCACUUCAUCAAAGAGUUGGAGUACAGUCAGAACAGGAGUUUUGAGCUGGAUGAAGGAAGUUUGGAGGGCAUGCCCGAUAUGGAGAAGCACAAGCUUGUCAACCAGCAGGACGAAUCAGAUGAAUUUGAGCUUGAAUACUUUCGCUCCAACGAGACGUUCGAGAACGAAGUCAAGACACUCGAACUAGGUCUUAAACUCAGUCCAGCAAUUUGA